AUGCCACCAGCCGCUCCACAGCUCCCAACCCGGUUUCCAUGCUGGUGUCGGGCCGUAUAUUCCUGGGGCGGAGAAAGCAAGCGCGAUUUGGGGUUUGUGGAAGGUGAUUUGAUCGAAUGUCUAAAUGCGGGGGAUGGCCAGUGGUGGAUGGGUCGGCUGCGGAGAGACCGUCGCAUGGUCGGAUUGUUUCCCUCGAAUUUUGUCCAGGUGUUGGAGGAGAACUUUGUUCCAGUAAGCCGGUCAAUAAGUCCCAUGGUUCCAGCGGCCGUGUCUCCGAUCACAAACCCCACCUCUGCACCCAAAAAGCAGAAGACUGUCUUCAGAAAGCCCUUCCAAGCUCACAAGGAAGCUCUAGCUCCUUCCGGAGGGAGCUCAUCUUCAACGUCACCGAUUGGGAGUACAAUUCCCCAAACGCCUCCGCGAGAUGGCAGCCUCUCUAGGAAAACAAAGCCAUUACGCACACCAACCAGCGCCGUCAAGCAGCAGAGUUCCCUAUCUCGCCCUCUAUCAAUAUCCAGAGACUCCAGGCCUCCGUCCCGAGGCGUUUCGCCGCGCCCGCCUCGCGCACAACAGGAACCUGCUCCCCAACAACGCGAGGCUUCUAUCCGCUCACGCUCGCGGCCUCCGUCUCGUGCAAUCUCGCCUCGGCCUCAGCUCCCCGAGAUCUCCCAUCAUUCGCCUCUGACUUCCUCAAUACCUGUUCCACAAAAUCAUCUCCAACUCUCGCGUCAUCCGUCUACGUCUCCCUCCGUCCCUGCUCCGCAACACCAUCUCCAGCUGUCGCACCACUCGUCCCGUGAGAUUUCCCCUCUACAGCUGACGGAACGUGAAGAAUCCCCACCCCCACCGCCCCCGCCUCCACACCGAGUUGCGGUUCGCCGUGAACCUUCUCCAAACCCCGGUGUGCCCCAGCAUUUGGAUAUGAAUGAUCGCUAUGUCGUAUUUGGAAGAACGCCAUCACCAGCUGCGCACUCGGACGCUAACGGCCAGACGCCUUCACCCCUCCGAGAUGCAAUGGAAGACGUUAUGACAUCGCUUGAAGAUAUGGGAAUGUCGCGAGGCUCACACUCGCCGUCUCCACAGCCGGAGUUCAAUACUCCCUGGUCCCCAGAUGCUUACGGCUCGUAUCAGGACAGCAAUCAUCAGCAGAGGUCUGUGAGACCUCUGACAUCGCUGGGCUUUGAGGAAGAAGGGGAGAAAGACUACUACAAUGGCAAUUCGGUCCAUCGUAACAGCGUCUACACGCACGACCCAUUCAUCGAAGGCCCACCGCAAAUCAACAACUAUGUGCAACGUAUGGAGAGCCGACUCCGCCAGAUGCAAGAACAGGGCCGUCGAGGAUCCCAGGGCGCACAGCCUGGGGAUGAUGAUGAUGAUGAUGAUGAGCCGCCUCCACCACCGCCGAGGCAUAUUUCCUAUCAUGGCCGCCACAACUCAACGCCCGCGCAUUAUCCGUCACUGAAGAGCCGGCGAUCUGGACAGGAUCUCAGGAGUGAUAUGUUGAAUCGAAGCUGCACCAAGUCUUCGAGUGCAACAAACUCUUCAAGCGGCGUGCAGAGCAACGCCACCAACCAGACAUCUAGCACGGACCGGACAAGCCAUAGCUUGCUGAGCGGCAUAUCCGCUGGGGGAUUCAGCGCAACCAGCGCCGGAAGUUAUGCCAAACGAGGCCUUGGCACGAGCGAGAGACCAAAUACAGCAAUGGAUUCCUUCCGUGCGAGGGGCUUCAGCGAUUUAACCCGGACACGUCCUGAAACACCCGUGAGCGGAAUAUCAUACCAUUCGAGUCACAAUACCUCCAGGCAGGGCGCGUCUUCGGCCAUCCCUUGGUCAGCUUCGGCCACGACUCCUGAGGAACCGACCGGUGUCUUUGGCGGGCUCUCAACUCCUAAGGCCAAGAAGCAGGGCUUUUUCAAGAAAAUACUUGAAUCGGCCAAAACUGGUGCCGCCAACGCCAGGAGUAGCAUUGCCAUCGGUCAAAGUGGAGGACCCUAUUCUCCCACGAAGGGGAGAGCAAUCUCGCCGAUCCACUCCUCGCACUCGUACCGGGAGACCGUCGCUCGCGAGAUGGGGACUGGCAACAGUCCUGUAGAUUGGGUCCAGGUUCGACGCGAUGUCAACCGGGCAAGCUCCCCAAGCCGGAAUGAGAGGGUGGAAAGAGCAGAGAGGUGUCAGAUGAUGGACCAUCCGGUGAUCUACGCGGUGGAAGAACUUCAUGAAACCGCCGAGGGAGAGGAAAGCAUCGACGGCUUACCGAUCAGUGAGCCUACAAACUUUGCUGCCGGGAAUCUCACGCUCGUCGACAAAAGCGCUCGUUUCGUUAACAGCCUCCCGCCAAUGACAAACCCGAUGAGCCUUGCUCAAGGCUAUGUCUGUCGCCCCUACAAGAGCGACGUCCAGAGACUACGCGCCAUAUUCACUUGGGUAAGCGAGAAAAUUGCUUGGGACGAGCCAAUUGAUGGCAUUGACGCCGAUAUCGACCUUAAACGUGUUUUGCAAACCAAAAGGGGCUGUGCGCAGGAAGUGGCAUACCUGGUCAAGGAGAUGUGUAAUGCGGUCGGUCUGCACGCGGAGGCGAUUGAAGGGUUCCUCAAGACUCCAGGGGAUAUGUUUGAACUGGACAGCCUAUCGCGACCGAAUCACUGGUGGAAUUCGGUGCUAGUCGAUGGUGAAUGGCGCUUCAUGGAUUGUUCUCUCGCAAGCCCGACAAAUCCGCGAAGGAACCAGUUCGUCACUACCAACGUCUCCACAGCCGAACCAUGGUAUUUCCUUGCUCGGCCUCUUGAGUUCUGCUAUACCCACGUACCUCUGGAGCCUGAAGGACAGCAUAUCUGCCCUGCCAUCUCUCCCGACGUCCUCCUCGCACUCCCAACUACCUGCCCCACAUACUUCAAAGAAGGCAUACAAUUCCCCGACUAUGACACUAGUGUCUUCCAUCUGGAAGGCUUAGAAGUUCUCCAGAUUCGCAUCCUGGUUCCAGCAGACGUAGAAUGCGCGGCGGAAGUUGAGGCGCCUGGUUUCGCCACGGAUGCCGAUGGAGACUUCUUCGAAAGCGGCGAAAUUGUCCGGAAGCGUGCACUCGUCCAGCCCGACUGGGUCAAUGGCAACAAGCGCAUCACUAUCAAAGCUGUCCUUCCAGGCGACGAAGGACAGGGCAUGGUCAAGAUUUAUGCCGGCAAAAAGGGUCUCAUGCACUCGAGUCGAGAUAUCCCUCACCCGCUUGCUUUUGCGCUUCCGAUCCUACACUCUGGAGAGAAUCCUCCUUACGAAUUUGUUCUGCGGCAUCCGACGCCGCAUGCGCAGCGCCAUGAUCUGUACAUUAUACAGCCCCAGUGCGGCAAACUAGCUGUCAACAACACAUUCGUCUUCGCCGUGCGACAACACCCCUCUUCGCCCACUCCGCUGCCAGUUAGCACCGACAAUAGUUUCAGUGGGCGUGUCUCUCCGUCUGUCUUUUCUCGACCUGCAAGUGCACUCAGUAUGGUCUCGAGUACGGUAUCAACAGUGUCGAACGAGUUUUCGGCCUCGACCUCGGCCAUCUCUUCCACCCGGUCAGCCUCGGGCAGAGAGAAGCCUGCCAAGCUGGCCAUCCAGUCGCCAUCAGGCAAGAUCUUGCGCCUGACCCGCAAAGCAGACCAUAUGAUCAGCAGCCCCAACCUCUCCGAGUCUCCCAGCGAAUGCACCGCCGACGGUAGCGUCUGGGAAACUGUGAUCAAAAUUGGCGAGCGUGGCGUCUGGCGAGGUCUUGUCCUCGCCGACCGGGUCGCGCGCUGGUGUGUGUUUGCCGAGUGGGAAUGUUUCUGA